UCAAGUUAUGACAGUUAAAAAGCCGGUCAGACAUUAAAAACCAGAAAAUCGAACUGAAAAAAACAAAUUCUAGUGGCCUGUCUGUCUAACAACACAUAAAUUUAUACACAAUUUGUUUGUUUUAGAUAAUGUUACAAAAUUAAAAUAAAAGUCGUAAUAAUGCUGCCGCCUUCACAUAAUUUCGUGCCCAAUUUGUACACAAACUCCACAAUUUACCUGCUGAAGCGUCAAAUAGCUGAGCAUGGAACACAAUCACAAACAAAACUCUUUCAGGCGUUCCGAAACGAUGUCCAGGAUCGAAAGCCAUCAGUCGAAGUCGAUAUCCAGCAAAGGAGGAAUCACGAAAAAUAUGAAGGGCUACCAGGGAUCCAGAGGUUCCAGUAACUCAUGUGAAAAAUCGCCCCAAAAUACGAAUUCCAGCGAAAAAUCAAGUGGAAUUACGAAUGGUACAAUUGGUUCCCAGGACUCCAAUGGUUCAUAUGAAAAGUCAGCCCACAAUACGACCUCUAGCGAAAAAUCAAGUGGAAUUACGAAUUGUAUUAAGAGUUCCCAGUAUUUCAGUGAUCUUAGCUCAUAUGAAGAAUUCCAAAACAAUCACAAUACGAUUUCCAGGCAUGGGAAAUUUAAUAAUGAUGCAGUUUCCAGUAUUCACAGUUCUUAUGUACAGUCGGGAAACGGUAAUAAAACGAUUGCCAACGAAAAGUCCCAUGGAAUUCGGGGAUUCCUGAAACUCUUACCAUUUCUGCCCAGGCUUAAGCAUAAAAUACUUUCCACUAAGCCAAACAACGCUCGAAAACAAACAUCACUGAGCAGAAUUCGAAUACAUCCCAGUUCAUCUCUAGAAGAAACGGAUGUACGCAAGCUUAUUCGACUCUAUGAAUCCUAUGAAAAUCUCUACAAUCCCAAACAUAAGGAUUAUGGAAAUAGUAAAAUCGAAGAAAAAUGCUACUCCAAGAUUGCUAAUUGUUUUCCCAACAAAACAAGCCAGGAACUUCAGAAUCUUCUCUAUGAAUUGCGCUUACUCUUUGAACGGGAAUACACCAUUAUUGAGAACAGGCAACGUCGUUUUGGCCAUAUUGUAUUGCCCUCGAUAAAAUACUAUAAUGAAUUUUUGUUUUUGGUGCCAUUUCUGAACGUCGAAUGGGAGAGCGGAGCUUGUCUUCCACCAAAGAUACCGCACUCAGAAGAAACCAAGAGUUUUAAAUCUGAUGAUUGGAGUAUGACAAGCUCCAAAGAUUUUACACACAAGAAACUGAAUAGAAAAGUCAGCAGUAAAACAUCGGGAGAAGAUUCUUCGCUGGUACAGUCGGAGCAAAUAAUAAAACAAGAAAAUUUACAGAUUUCAAAUUCACAGCCUAAAUCUCUGACUGAAGAGAAGUCAAGUAAUAUAGGUCCAAGUUCGGGUAGCCAAGAAUCCACGCUGCUGUCGGAAGAAGGUACUGAAGAAGAAGAUUUGCAGAGCUCAAAUUCACAAUUUAAUUCUAAAAAAAAUUUAAGUGACUUACGUACAGCUGCGGGUAGAAAUUUGAUAAUUACACCAAUUUAUGGCAACCAAUUCAUGGGCUUUGGCAAUAAAAAGAGUAAAGAUAAGAAGAAAGAUAAAUCCACCGAUCCUUUGACUGAACAGGAAGAUCCCUUAAGUCAGGAAGGAAUAAGUAAAUCUGAAGUUUUAUCACAGGAGACUCUUAAUAAAAACGCUUCAACUGAGAAACAGACUGAGAAAUUAUCCCCAUGUCAGGGAACUGAAGAUCGGGAGCCUUGUCAAGCCUACUGUAAUCAAUAUCAAGCACAAACACCAAAUACAUCUCGUGCAGAAACAUUUACAACUGUCAAUUCCACAGCUAUAUCAAAUGGAACCCAAUCUGGAAAUCAAGAGCAGCUGCAAAUUUUAUGUGACAUGAUUAAAAUGGAGCUCAGUUCAUCGCCAGAUUUCAUAUAUUACGAUGCCAAGUGGCGCAUUAUUGAAAUAUUGCGGGAAGUGCAAAAGCGCAACUUGAUACACAGCAAAUCCGGUCCGGAAAGUAAUGGAAAUGACAAUUGCAAGUGUAGAAACCGCGUAGAAUUUGGGGAACAGUCUACAAGAACUCGCAUACGCGGUCCAAAAAAGGCCACACAUUGUCCCUACUGCUGCAAGCGUUGAUAAAUCCCUGGUUGAUUAAUCCCU